AUGCCAAGACACCAUUCCCUUCUUGUUCCCACUCAAAUCCCCCAACAGCUGAUGGUUCCCAUAGAAAGCAACAGCCAUGAUUCCAAUGAUGAAGCUGAUGAAGACACUUAUUUGCCCACCCUAUCCAAUUCAAAGAAAAUGGCAACAUCCCUGAAUACAAACCCUGAUCUGCACUCAGGGAACGAGUACACAACUGAACUACAGGACCACUCAGAAUAUGCAGAUGAAGAUGGAUUGGAGAGCAUUCCUUUCACUGACCACCCAACUGAGGAGGGGUCAAUGAGCAGAAAAAAAGGUGGAAAGCUGGAAUCUGCCCUGAAGUACACACACCAGGCAAGUUUAGCCAUGUUGAAUCAGCUGUUAUGGCUAACAAGUUUGCACUGGGGUCCCUGGGAGCACCCGGAAGUCCCUCAUGUCAGAAAGGCCCCUGCAAGGCCAGAUGCAGAUGUUCCAUCUCCUGAUGUGGAGAUCAUGCAAGCAAACAGGCAGCAAUCAGAAGCAGAAGUAGUUGUCAAAUCCCUCAAACAGUCAGAGUGGAAACCUUUUUUGGAACUCAUGUAUGGUCUAUAG